CAGGCAGCAGGGACCCCAGGCUUUGCGAUCCACAGGCGCACACUUGCUCCUUCUCCUGCCGUGGGGCAGGGCGGGAGUGGACCUACGCAACCCACGGUCGCAGCGUGGGGCAGGACGCGGGACCCCAGCCACGAUCCCCCGGCCGAAGGAGCAACGUCGGAGCGGGGCGGCCGCGGACACACGCCCGCCGGGGCAGCCCCACGAGAGGGGGCGUGGCUCGGGCGAUCGGAGAGCCAAUAGAAAGCGACGGCGGUGAAUAUCAAUGUCAGCCGGGCCAAUAGGGGCGCAGCCAUGCUGUUAACAGCUUAGGGGCGCGGGGCGGCGCAGAGUAGCGCUGCCGCCGCGGGGAGCGGAGCGGUGCCGGGCUCCGCGCUCCCCCAGCCCGCCCCGGUUCCCCCGCCCGGGCCGCCAUGGCGGCGGCCGUGGACGAGAGCACCCUACCUUCCAUCUCCACCUUCGCCAACCUGAUGCCGCUGGAGGAGCGGCCCGCCGAUAUGCUCCAUAGGAUGCUGCAGCAGGACGGCGCCGCCACUGUCAAGCGGGAGGAGGACGACUUGGGCAAGUUCGUGGACUUAGACUUCAUCCUGGCACACACCAGCAGCGGCGGGCAGGGGCCGCCCGGUCCCAACUAUCCCCUACCCGAGACGCCCGAGAGCUGCGGCACCACGUAUGACAGCGACGGCUCCUACCCCACACCGGGCAAGUUCCCGGCGCCUUACCCCGAGGGCCAGGGCCACAGCUACGUGGCCGAGCUGCUCACCCCGGACCUGCCCGGCCACUGCGACCUGCAGCGAAGGGAGUACACGGAGCUGAGGGUGCCCGGCGGCCCCCCGCCCCACCACCCACCCCUGCACCCGGCACUGGCCCGGCCGAUGCCUCUGGACCCCGCGCAGCCCUUCGGGCACCGCAUCAAGAAGGAGCAGCCAGAGGAACGCGCCUGCAUGCUGGGGCUGCCUGCCGCCGAGUACCUGGGGCCGGGCGGCAGCGAGCACAAGCCACGUGUGGCGCCGGGUCCCGGGCCGGGACCAAUGCCGGGGCCACCGCUGCCCUACCCGGGUUUCACCCAUGGCCGCCUGGGCCCCCCCGAGGAGCCGCUGCCAGGCACCGACCCCCACCUCCUGCCUGAGCUGCCACCGCACUACCCUGUGGCCUCACACCGCUACGCGCCCCACUUCGCUCCCCCGCAGCCGCCGCCGCAGUUUCAUGGACACUUCAGUGUUUUCAGGGAGCCCCUGAAGGGGCCGGGGCCGGGCCCGGCGGGGUUGCCUGGGCUGCUGGUCACGCCGCCCAACUCCCCUGUGCUGGAGUAUUUCCCGGCCGGGGCUCCCCCCGAGGACUGCAAGCCAAAGCGGGGCCGCCGCUCGUGGGCGCGCAAGCGGACGGCCACGCACAACUGUGAAUACCCGGGCUGCGGCAAGACCUACACCAAGAGCUCCCACCUCAAGGCGCACAUGCGGACCCACACGGGUGAGAAGCCCUACCACUGCACCUGGGAAGGCUGUGGCUGGAAAUUUGCCCGCUCUGAUGAGCUGACCCGCCACUACCGCAAGCACACAGGGCACCGGCCCUUCCAGUGCCACCUCUGCGAGCGGGCUUUCUCCCGUUCCGACCACCUUGCCCUCCACAUGAAGCGGCACAUGUGAGCGGCAGACCAUGGCCGGACUCAGUGUCCCUGGAGCCAGCUCACGGUGUAAAUAGCAUCAGGCUAAGGACGGCACUGGGGAGCAGCCCGGCUGCCCAGCCUUCUCUGCUUGUAGUUGAUAACUAGUUUUCUCCUCCUGCCCCUGCUGUGAGAGCUGGGCUCAGCCGAGUGGUGAAGAAGGGCUGCUGUGGGGUGUAGAUGGGGAGCAAAGCUGCAAGAAGUGUCUCCCAGGCACCACCACUCCGCUCCCCACACCUGGAGGGUCCCCCCCAGCCAGGUAGCUGGCAGUGGGGCAAAGCUGGUGCAGCAGGUGUCUGUCCCCAGAGCUCCUGCUUUUUUUUGGCAUCAGCUUAAAACAUACCUCCCCAUCAUCUUGGCACCCCCAUGGCUCCAGGGACUGUAGUAGCUGGUUUUGGUCAGUGACCUGCAGCCACUGGGUGCAUGGGUCAUGGUCUUGGGAAGUGGGUUGCUGGUCUUCUUGGUUGUGGCCGUCAGAACAAACUUUCGGACCCAGAAGUCCAGGCUGGAUGGGGCAAGAGUGGGACCUGACUGUGGCUGGUGGCUAUAAAGGUUUGCAGGGUUGGCAGCACAGUGUCGCCUUGUACAGGGAGUGGGGAUGUGCCCGUCACCAGCUUAUGACCUUGCUGGUCAGUCUUGUCCUGGUCAGUCCCACAGUUUUCUGCUCGGGAGCCUAAAAUGGCUCUCCUGGCUCUCAUCUGCUUUCAUUUGUCCUGUUCUUUCCCUCAGGAUGACACCAGGUACUGCUGCAGCUGCCUUCCCCAUGCUGCUUUUUUAAAUUUAGUGUAUAAAGGACAGUGAGUCCAGCUAUGAAUGCCCAGGUCUCUGCUAUACUUGAAACUUUUGUGGAGGGGAAAAAAAAAAAGAGAAAACAAAAGAAAAUGAGUCUUUUUAUGUGCAGCUUCUGCAAAGCAAGUUGUAAAUUAAACAAAGCAGUAAUAUAUAAUGUUUCUUUUUUUUAAUAUAUUUUUUUUCUUCCAGCUGGGAACAUAGAUGAGUCUCGGCUUUGGGAAGUGCACUGUUCCCGUCUGUGUAUAUUGUUAAUUAACAUUUCUCUGCUUGGGCACGUUAGGUCUCUCGCACUCUGAAAUGUUACUUUUCUUUAUAUGCAAACUGUUGAAAUAUUGUGAUCUGCUGUAUAAUAAAUAAACAAGAUGUAAACAUGAAA